CGCCGUAAAGCGCCGGGCCAUGGCGGCCGCCCGGGUGCUGCGGGCCGGUGGCUGUUACCGCCACCACCCCCUCGCCUCCGCUUCCUCCUCCGCCUCCUCCGGCAGCGGCCGCGCGGCUGAGCGCGGGGAGCGGCCGGACAGCGUGGGCCUGGGUUUCCGUCCCCCCGCGCACUCUCGCAGGGACUGGAUCGGGCCCCCGGACAAGCACUCCAACCUGCGCCCCGUCGUCUUCUACGUGCCCCCCGAGGAGUCGGCGCUGGAGCGGCGCCUGCGGGAGGCGCGCCAGGAGGCGCAGGCCAGCAACCAGCGCUUCUGGGCACGGCACAACCGCGCCUUCCGCCAGGAAAAAGAAGAAUUUAUUUAUUCAAGACUGAAAGCCAAGGGUCUGGAAAUGAGAGAUGAAUCAGGUCAAAAAGCAACGCUGAAUGCAGAAGAAAUGGCUGACUUUUACAAGGACUUUCUAAGUAAAAAUUUAAAAAAGCAUUUGCAGUACAACAGGGACAGUGACUCAACCACCUCCCUGAGCAGCCUGUUCAGCUGUCUGACAACCCUUCUGGUGAAGAAAUUAUUCCUCAUAUCUCAACUUCCACUGGUGCAACUUGCAGCCAUUUCCUCUCCGUUGCUUGUGACUUGAGAGACCAACUCUCACCUCUCCAGAACCUCCUCUGGGGUGGUUGCAGAGAGCAGGAACAUUCCAGCAGUGACCUCCCUGUCCUUCCUGAACUGAGGGGCCCAGAACUGCACCCAGCAGCUGAGCUGUGGCCUCACCAGUGCUGAGUACAGGGGAGUGGUCAUUGCCCUGCUCCUGCUGGCCACACCAUUGCUGACACAGGCCAGGAUGGCUUUGGCCUUCUUGGCCACCUGGGCACACUCCUGCCUCAUGGUCGGACACUGCUGACAGGACCUCAGCUUGCCCUUGUUGAUCCUCACACCAUUGGCCUUGGCCAUUAAUCCAGCCUGUCCAGAGCCCUCCAGCAGAUCACACUCCUGCCCAGCUUGGUGUCCUCUGCAGACUGAGGGUGUCCUGGAUCCCCUCAUCCUGGCCAUUGAUAAAGAUAUUGAACAGAAUUGGCCCCACACCGCUCCCUAGGGAACGCUGCUUGUGACAGGGUGCUAAAUGGAUGCAGCACCAUUCACCAGCACUCUGGGCUCAGCCAUCCAGACAGUUUUUAACAGUGAAGAGUGCACCCAUCCAAGCCAUGAGCAGCCAAUUUCUCUGGGAGAAUACUGUGGAAAACACUGUCAAAGCUUUACUGAUGUCUAGAAGGCAACAUCCACAGCCUUCCCCUCAUCCUCUCUGCAGGUCAGGAAGGACAUUGGGUCAGUCAAGCAGGACCUUCCAUGUGGUCAUUCUCAGGCACUUCUGUGGUUUUCAACACAUCAAUGUCCCUCGUGUCACUGCUGCCACAUGGAAAUCCAUCCCCAGUCUCCAUGAGACAACAGAUGAAAGGACCUCCCCAGCACACCAUCCCUCAGACACUGGCAUGUUGCCCCGGGCUAUCUCCAGCCCUGGUUUUAUCCUUUUCCCGCUACAAAUUCAUUAGGAUUCUGUGUGGAGUGCUGAGUCCCUUCAUCUAAAACCUAUUGAGGGAGUGAGGUAUUUAUCUAUUUGGUAAGUGUUGAGGUCUGAUUUAAAUAGAUUCAUAAUAUCUAAUAGAACCACUGUGAAAAGAUGUUAUUAAAAUUAAUCUGUCUGAAAUUUUGAAUCUCAUUACUAAAAACCACAUGCAUUUACUGAGAUAAUUACAUUUUCUGAACAGCCAAAAGCCAUAUCAUUUUCACCAGUGUUGCAUUACUUUUGUUGGGUUUUAUCCUUGACUCAGAGCAAUUGCAAUAACACCAGCUGCUUUUAGAUAUUAUUGAUCAUAAAACCUUUAGACAUCAAAGGAAAGCUAAGGAGAUGCCAAAGACUACUAAAAAUAAAAUUUUUAUGUAUACAAAAGUCUGCUACAGUAACUGAAGCUGGUGAAAUAGAUCAAAGAGUGACUUUUCUGUGCGCAUCUUCUGAAUAUAGGAAAAAUACAGGGGAGUGUUCUUAUCAUUUAAGUAUUUAGCUAAUCCUGUCAGAAGGAACAGCAGUAGUUCAUAUUCAGUAGUGUCAGCAUGUGUCUUUUUAGUCUCUCUCAUGUGCUCAGUAAGUCCACAAUAAAGCAACAGUAUUUUGGUAAUAUGCAAAUAGUUUUAGUUUGUAUUAACUUGAGGUGGUUUUUUUUUGAUAGUCUGUGUGGCAUUUUGCUAUUCACUGAAUUUCUCUGUUGGACCAUUAAUUUUGAUAGAAUACGAGAGAAGAAAGAGGAAGUGUCAAAUGGGAAUUAAGCUGCAGACUGACUAAAGGCUGGGUUCAAAGUGAU